CAGGCUCCUGGCUUCAGACCCAUCCCAGCUGAGCGAGGAUGAGCUCCCGGGGGAUUUGCAGUCCCUGUCCUGGCUGACAUCCGUGGAUGUGCCUCGGCUCCAACAGAUGGCCAGUGGGAGGAUGGAUUUCAGCCUGGGGGCCCAGAACGCCAUGCUCCAGCAGACAGGUGCUGUGGGGAGCACGAUGCACUCGACACCCGGAGCAAUGAUCCACGUCCAGGCCAGUCUCCCACAGGGAAUCCUGGGCCUCAAUUCCAUUUCAACACACGGAGCCAAUAUGAGCCCCUACGCCGUGGGUGGGCAACUGUCCCCUGGUUUGCAAACACAGCAACAGCUCUUCCCUCCUCCUCCUCCUCCUCCUCCUCCUCCUCACUCCCAGCAGGUGUUUGCCCUGGCCCAGAACCCCCAGCAGUGUAACCCAGCAGCAAUCUACAACACAUCCUAUGGGGCACAGCCACACUAUUCCCAGCCACGCCUGGCUCCCCAGUCUGCCCAGGAGCUGCAUCCAAAGCAUUAUCCCAAGCCCAUCUAUUCCUACAGCUGUUUGAUCGCCAUGGCGCUGAAGAACAGCAAGACCGGGAGCCUGCCCGUGAGCGAGAUCUACAGCUUCAUGAAGGAGCACUUCCCUUACUUCAAGGUAGGAGCAUUCCCGAGCUUGGAAUCGCCACAUCCCAGCCCCUUUUCCCCUCCGUGGCUGCUUCCAUUAACCCCUUCCUGCCCCUUGCAGACAGCCCCUGACGGGUGGAAGAAUUCCGUGCGCCACAACCUGUCCCUGAACAAGUGCUUUGAGAAGGUGGAGAACAAACUGAGCGGGACCUCCCGCAAGGGCUGCCUGUGGGCCCUCAACCCCGCCAAGAUCGACAAGAUGGAGGAGGAGAUGCAGAAGUGGAAGAGGAAGGAUUUGGCUGCUAUUCACAGGAGCAUGGCUAACCCAGAGGAGCUGGACAAGCUGAUCACUGACAGACCUGAGAGCUGCAGGCGGCCCAACAAGCAGGCAGAGCCCGAGGGGCCCCCCCUGGGCCGGAUCUCCGUGUCCCAGCUCCAGCCCCAGCCCAUCAUGACGCUGUCCCUGCAGUCCCUGCCCCUGCACCACCAGCUCCAGACCCAGGCUCGCCUCGCCCCCAACUCGCCAGCCCCUGCACAAACGCCUCCUCUGCACACCCUGCCUGACAUGAGCCACAGCCCCCUGCCCCACCAUCCCAUGGGACGCGCCCCGGACUUCCCGAACGUGGCGGUGGACAUGAGCACGGAGGUGGACGCUCUGGAUCCAAGCAUUAUGGAUUUCGCACUGCAAGGGAACAUUUGGGAAGAGAUGAAAGACGACAGCUUCAGCCUGGACACCCUGGGUGCCUUCAGCAACUCCCCCCUGCAUCUCUCCGACUGCGAGCUGGGCACGCCCGGCCUCACGCCCGUGUCCAGCGGCAGCGACCGCUCCUUCUCCGACCUGCAGGUCACUGGCCUUUACACCACCUACACCACCCUGGACAAUGUGGCAGCUGCUCAGUACAUGAACCCCCAAGGCAACAAACCCAUCCCUCUGCUCUGAGCUUGGCCCUGCUCCACGGACCCCGAGGGACGGUUGUUCCCCACGGUUAAAAUCCGACCUGGAAGCUCCAAGAGCUCGUCCUGCUUUGGGAUGUGUUGGCUGCUUCCAGCGUGUGAGGCCAAAAUAAAUCAAGCUGGGACUUGGUAGAACCACUUUCUCCCAUGGCAAGGGCAUGGACAUUUGUGUUGUGGGACUGGGGAGCUCUCCAGAAGGAGCUGGAAGGAAGCAGGAACUUUCACUGGAAUGUAACUGAGCUAAAAAUCACCCAGUUAAGGGAAUUAAAUUUAUUCCACACCACGGUGCAGCUGCUGUGUCACAGAAGCCACCACAAGACAAGGGGCUGGCCAGCCCCAAGCUGGUUGAUUGUGCCCCUGGUGUGUAAUUUUUACUUAAUUUGCCAAAUUGGACAAAGACCUCUCCCAGUUCCUGGAGACAUUUGCACCACUAACACUUUUCUGACGUAACUGUUGUUAAUUUAUUGUUAGGAGGUAGGAAAAAAGGAGCAAAACCACUAAAAAAGGAAAACCCACCUCCCUAGCAGAUCACUGUUAUAUCUAGAUUUGUAAAAGUCCUCGCCCCUGAAGGAAGUGGUACUACUGAACUAUUAAACUGAUCACUGGCUAGAGGAUUUUAGGAAUUAUGCCAAUUUUUAGGAUUUUUUAAAAAAAUAGAUUUGUUUAUAGUCUUGUGUAUUGUGCUUCUGUCUAUUCUUGUGCUAGGCAGUAUUACUAUUUGUAAAUUUAUUUAUAUUUAUUGUUAUGAAAAGAAAUUAUGUGAACUGAGCACUGUUCAAUUUGUAUAAUGCUGCAGUAACCUGUUUUACAACCACUAAAUUAUUCAUCAUCAGAACCACAACCAUCUUAUCACAGUUUUUACACUACAUUUCCUUAAUAAGCACUUUUGAUACUGUGAAACUCAUGCUUUUUAAAAAAUUCAGAGACCAAAUAUUGUCACUGUACCUUUCAUAAUAGUCUUUGCUAAUUAACUAAAAAAACCUGAUUUUAAUGUAGCUUUUAAAAAAACUUUUCAAACCCUGCUUUGUACUUGUUAACAUACAUUGCAAAUAAUGAGCUGAAACAUCUGAAGUAUGUUGGAAUUUAGCAUUUAGUCUACUUAUACCUCUGUGAGCAAAAAGUGAUAUUUAUAUCUUGGGUUUUGUCUGUUCCUGUGCAUUCAGAGACUUUCCCGGUGCUGUAUCCAGGUGCUCCCAGGCUUUUCUCUCCCACACCCAUCCAUGAAUUAAAGCUGGAGGGUGCAGGAUGCUGGAGUGGCCUCAAAGGGCACUUUCUUGCUUGAAAAUAUGAAGAUCAGGGGCUGGGAAACAUCUGUGCCUGUAUCCUCCCAGCACAUCCCUCCAUGGCAACCUCUUCCAAAGGGCACCCUGAUGCUCCACGUCAUAAUUUAUUGUCCAAGGACACAUGUGAUGAAUGAUCCUUUGCUGUGACUGGUGUCACCUACGAUGUCUUUGCUUUUUUAAAUAAACAUUUCUUAGCACUACACCUGGGGCAUUCUGGAUGUGCUGUGUGCUGCCUGCUCUGGUGUCAGGCUGGGCUUCCCCAGCCUUCGUUCCCUUUACAGACCCUGUGGCCAAGGUGAAAGUGGAUCCUUGGCUCAAAUCCUCCAGGAGAGUGAGAGUUUGCAGGUAUUUAUUGUAAGAGUUCCUCCUCUGUGGUGUCACCCUGUUCCUGAAACCCUCUGAAAUGC